AUAUUUUCUCAUUGACUACAGUUUCCUCCUCCUCUCCCGGCAAACCAAGCGAGUCCUUGGUAGGUGUAGAAUGAGAAGUGGAUGGCCGUGGUUGGUGAGCUGAGAGUGUACAUAAAUAAGGACAGCAAAGCGAGGAAACGGCUCCAUUGAGAUAUUGUGAAUUUGUGAUCAUGGGAAGGCUGGUUGCCAAGAUCUGGAAUGAAUCUAAAAAGAUGUGGCAGAUAGGAGGGGCUGCAAUACUUAUAGGAGUGUUGCAGUUCUCCAUUGGCUUUGUCACUGUGGCCUUUGCUGGACAUCUUGGAGUUGUCGAGCUUGCUGCGAUCUCCAUUGCACAGAAUGUCAUCGAAGGCUUCGCAUAUGGGAUUCUGUUAGGCAUGGGGAGUGCCUUGGAAACACUCUGUGGUCAAGCUGUUGGUGCUGGCCAGCUUCAUAUGCUAGGAGUCUACAUGCAAAGAUCAUGGGUUAUUUCUGGAGUCACAGCAAUGGUUCUAACACCAAUUUAUGCGUUCACAUCACCCAUGUUAAAGCUAGUUCGACAGUCGAAAGAUGUAUCAGAAGUCGCAGGCAAAUAUGCUACAUGGACAAUCCCACAAUUAUAUGCCUAUGCCAUGAAUUUUCCUCUGCAGAAGUUUUUCCAAUCUCAGAGCAAGGUCUGGGUCAUGGCUGUCAUUUCUGGUGUGGUUCUGGGCAUCCAUGCUCUGCUAAAUUGGAUCCUUGUAAUAAAAAUGGGUCAUGGGUUGCUGGGUGCAGCAAUAGCUGUGGACGUUUCUUGGUGGCUUAUAAAUUUGAGUCAGAUGAUUUAUCUUGUAUCUGGCUUUUUCCCUGAAGCAUGGCAAGGCUUCUCUCUCUUGGCAUUCCAAAAUCUGGCAGCUUUUGUCAAACUCUCACUUGCAUCAGCUGUAAUGCUAUGCUUGGAGCUUUGGUAUUAUACUGCGGUUAUUAUUCUGGUGGGUUGUUUACAAAAUCCUAAAAUUGCAGUCGGCGCUAUUUCUAUCUGCAUGAACUAUCAACUUUGGGCAUUGAUGAUUGCUCUUGGUUUCAGUGCUGCAGUCAGUGUACGAGUAUCGAAUGAACUUGGAGCAAAUCACCCAAAAGCAGCAAAGUUUGCAGUAGUUGUUUCAGUUUCCACAUCAGUCUUCUUUGGGCUCAUUUUUAUGGUCAUGGUUCUCAUCUUCAGAGAGCACGCACCAAAGCUUUUCACAAAUGUACCUGAACUGGUGAGGGAAACAUCAAAACUGGGAUAUCUUCUGGGUGUUACAAUCUUUCUCAACAGCAUUCAGCCUGUUCUCUCUGGAGUGGCAAUAGGAGCAGGCUGGCAAACCUUGGUUGCCGUUAUCAAUAUAGCAUGUUACUACCUGAUUGGGUUGCCCAUAGGAGCCCUUCUUGGCUUCAAGCUCGAGCUUAGAGAAUGGGGCAUUUGGGUUGGAAUGCUAACUGGAACUCUGUUACAGACCGUUAUUUUGCUAAUGAUUACAUACAAAACUAAAUGGGAAAGACAGGCUAUGCUAGCAGAGGAGCGCAUCAGGACAUGGGGAGGACAACAUGAGUCUCAACAAGCUUUGCCAGAAUAGCUAGGCAAAAUACUCUGCGAAGGUAACCCAAAGAGGCAGAAUCCAGAAACUGGAACAGAAGGUUAAACCUUCAUGACUUGAAAAACAUGCUACCUUGUUUUAUAUCUUAAUAGCACCUAUCUUCGACUGCGUUUACUGCAAUACCAAGAUUGCUUGGGCUCAGAUUCCUUACUCUCAUCAGAAGCUGCAAAAGAAGAACUAAGCAAAACCAAUGAGCUCUUAUCAGUAAAUUGUAUCCUUUCAACAUUCUUGACUUUGCUCCUGCAAUUGGAGCAAUUUGGUGCCUCUAUUUUGCAUAAUGAGGCCCAUUAAUAAGGAAGUAUCUAUUUCAUUUUCUUAAUUCCACAAUGUAUGAAGAGAUAAUUUAUAAUCAUUUUUUUAAGAAG